AUGCCACAGUAAAAAAUAAUAAUAAGAUCUCGAAGUAAUAAAUAAGGAUCUAAAUUAUCGUCUCCUCGAGGUGAACUAACAAAUAGUUAAACUAAAGUAAAUAAAUAUAUUAUAAGCAAGUUAAUUGAGAGAUUAAUGAGUAGAUAAAAAGAUAGAGGAAAUAAAGAAGAGGAAUAAUUUCAAUAAUAUUUUGAACAUUUAAGAGGUAUUGAAGAUUAGAAAUGAUAGGAUAAUGUUUAUGUUCUAUUUGUAAUUGUGGAAAGCAUUAAUGUGAAGGAAAAUAAUGUAAGAAUAAACCAUCAAUGUCUGGGAGUAAAAGUAUUUAUUAAAGGGAAUUCAUUCAUAAAUCUCCAGAUUAGAGUUCUCAUUAUAAUUAAAACUUUUUUGAUAAUCCUAAAUAGGAAGGUGAUGUAGGAAAUAUAUCAAUAUAUAAGGUAUUAUCAUUAGAAUCUUUUAGCAUGAUUUUUUGGGUAAAUAAUCAAAUUUUAGAUUUAAAAGUAAUUCCCCUUAAUCAAUGAUUCGAAGUGGACCAUUUUAUGGUUUAUCAACUUAUAAUAAUAUGUUUUUAAAUUGGGGAAAUGGUGAUACUGUUCCAUUAUUAUCUUAAAAGAGUCCAACAGUAAUUAGAGAUCUUCCAUUUUUUGGGAGAACAAAUUAUAAAGAAUGUUAUUAAGGAACAUAAGUUUAACCUGUUUAAAGUACUAAAGGUUUAUACUGUAAUAAAUAAAUACUAUAAUUUAAGAGAGAUCACCUUUGUAGCCACCAAAUAUAUAGUUUAAUGGAAUUUCAGUUACUAAAUCUUCAUAUUAACCUUAUCUAACAGAUAAAUCUAAUAAUUUAAAAGAAUCAACUUAAAUAAAAUUGAAUCCAUCUUAUUAAGGACAAUACAAUAGUCAAUAUUUUAAGGAAUUUGAUCCAAAAUAUAAAUAACUAUGUCCUGCUAAAUAAGUUUUAGAAGAAGUGAUUUAAUAAUGUUGA